AUGUCGUCGACGAAGAAGCAGUCCAAGGCUUCUAAGAGUGCAGACUCCAUCAAUGCGCGUCUGCAGCUGGUCAUGAAGAGCGGCAAGUACAGCCUGGGGUACAAGACCACCCUGAAGACUCUGCGUCAGGGAAAGUCCAAGCUGGUGCUCAUCUCCAACAACUGCCCUGCCUUGAGGAAGAGCGAGAUCGAGUACUAUGCCAUGCUGGCAAAAACAGGAGUCCACCACUUCCAUGGUGACAACAACGAGCUGGGAACGGCUUGCGGUCGGUACUACCGCGUGAGCUGCCUGUCCAUCACCGAUCCGGGCGACUCCGACAUUAUCCGCUCCCUGCCCGGUCAAGAAUGA